CCUCUUCUGUUUGGUAGAAAUGUGACGUCACACGAUCUGUAAGUUUACUUAAGUCAUUGCAGGCAGGCAGCGGAUCAGUGGAGAGAAGAGUUGUGAGCGUGUUGCAGGGACACUCUGGCUGCUGUGGGUCCAGCAUGGGAUGACAUGCAGCGUCUCAGGAUGAUCUGCUGCUGUUCAUAUCACAGAGAUAAUCUGGUUCUGGUUCUGGACGGCUCAGAGAAGACAUUAGAAAUGUGAAAUCGGUGAUUGUUCCGGAUGUUAUUGAACUCUCCUGUACUUGGACUAUCCUGCAGACAGACUAUCCUUUACCCGGACAGUCCGACAUUCCCAGCAAUCCCAACUCAUCGCAUUCUCCACCAGAAAUUAUGAAUUUGACGGCUGCGAUGAGCGCAGAGUCCUCUGGAAGUUCAACCACGAGUCUUGUGCUUCGUGGACAACAUACUUACAUUGUCCUGGCAAUCUACAUUGUGACAUUUACGACCGGCCUGCCAUUUAACUUGCUGGCUUUCUACGCCUUUUUGGUCAAGGUUCGCAAGAAACCAUCCCCAGUAGACAUCCUUCUCCUCAACUUGACCAUCUCAGACCUUCUCCUGCUAAUGUUCCUUCCACUGAAGAUGCAGGAAGCAGCUUCCGGGAUGGAAUGGAAUAUGCCCAUAUUUCUUUGUCCUUUGACAGGAUUCUGCUAUUUCAGCAGCAUUUAUAUCAGCACUUUGUUCCUCACUGCUGUCAGCAUCGAGCGCUAUCUUGGGGUGGCCUACCCCAUUAAGUAUAAACUUCAUCGAAAGCCAGAGUACGCCGUAUUCGCUAGCAUUUGCUUCUGGUUUGUUGCCUGCGGUCAUUGCAGUAUUGUCUACAUCAUUCAGUACAGCGUAGCGGGCAAUGCCACAGUUUCCAAUGGAACGAAAUGCUAUGAGGACUUUUCGAAAGAACAGCUGAAGAUACUGCUGCCGGUGCGUCUGGAGUUAGGAGUUGCCCUCUUCUUUAUUCCAUUUAUAAUAACGCUUUACUGCUACAUCAACUUUGUGAGGAUACUGAUGUCUCUGCCCAACAUCCAAAAAAAGAGAAAACAGAGAGCCAUCGGCUUGGCCAUCGCCACCCUCGCCAACUUCUGCAUCUGCUUUGCUCCCUACAAUAUCUCCCACAUUGUUGGCUUUGUGGAAAACAGGAGCCCGGAUUGGAGGGUGGAUGCCUUGCUCCUGAGUACAUUCAAUGCCACCCUGGACCCAGUUGUGUUCUAUUUCACGUCUACGACAGUCCGGAAAACAUUUUUUGACUUUUUGGCAGUCAUCUUACAAAAAUUAGGAAAAAUGUGCCCCUGUAAGAAAUUCUAUCCCUCUUCAGAUGACCCUCCAUAUAGCGAAAGCAAUCUUGACAGGUCCUCUACCUAAGAUUUCUAAGGCUAUUCUCACCUCUCACAGGAGACAUGGACAAGGUGUUCAGCUCUGGAGCCCUACAAAGCGUGAAAAAUGAAUGCAGCUUGGGUUGCAGGGUGCAAGAUGGUCUUCUUUUUCUACAUGUCUAAAACCUGCUCUAAGUUAUGUCUUCUAAAAUGAGUAAUGGUGUUAGGAGUGCUACACGUAUCUAAGCUUGAGGGUUCUUGAGGAACAGUGACUGAGCAAUGGACUCAGGAUCUUUUGUUAAAGCUUGACCAGGGGCGGACUGACCAUUUGGGCCCUC